AUGUUCUUCUCGACCACCCUACUUGUGGCUCUUGCCGCCAGUGCCUCCGCACAUAUGACCAUCGAGUACCCGGUACCCUACGGCAAAGACACCCUCACCAGCUCUCCCCUCGAGCCCGGAGACUUUCCCUGCAAGCAACGUGCCGGCGUUUACGAUGUCACCGAGAUGAACCAAUGGAAUGCUGGUGAAACCAAGGAUGUCUCCUUCAAGGGCUCAGCUGUCCAUGGAGGAGGUUCAUGCCAAUUUUCCAUUACAACUGAUAUGGAGCCAACCGAGGCCAGUCAGUGGAAGGUCAUUACCAGCGCCAUCGGCGGCUGCCCUUCGAAUGUCACUGGCAACCUUAAGGAAGACCCCAACGGCCACGGCGCAGCCACUUUCCCCGUCACCAUGCCUGACAACAUUCCUGAAGGCAAGUACACCUUCGCCUGGACCUGGUUGAACAAGGUCGGCAACCGCGAGUUCUACAUGAACUGCGCUCCUCUUCAAGUUGGUGGUGGCGCAUCAGCCAAAGCCUCAACCGCCAGUGCGGCCCAAGCCCUGUCGUCUCUUCCUGAUAUGUUCGUUGCCAACCUCCCUGCCACCGAGUGCACAACCUCGGAAGGUCAGGACUUCAACUACCCCGAUCCUGGCCAGAACGUCAUUGAGGGAACUGGUGCUACUCUCGGCGACUCCGUCAGCGGCUCCGGAUGCUCGACUAUGACCAAGAUGGGUGCUGGUAACGGACAGAUGGGAACGCCAACUCAGCCCGAGGCUUCGCAGCCCGCAUCAAGCGAGACCCCUGCUGCUACUUCUGGUUACGCUGCUCUUCCAUCCAACGGCGGUGGUGUCUUUGCCCCCGGCGCCUCUUCCGCUCCCGCUGCCGAGCCUACUCCCGCCGAGCCCACUGCUCCUGCUGCACCUACUUCUACUUAUGUUGCCGAGCAGCCUAGCAGUGCUCCCGAACAGCCAGCCUACAGCGCGCCUCCUCAGGUGCCCGACAACAGCACUCCCAGCGCACCCUCCAGCGGCAGUGACUGCACCCCCUGUGACAACGAUGGCGCUGUUGUAUGCAUCGGUGCCAACAUGUUUGGUCUUUGCAACCGCGGAUGUGCUGUUGCCCAGCCGCUUGCCAACGGCAUGUCUUGCUCUGGCGGUGCUGUCGUUGCUUCCACCAAGCGAUCUCUCAAGUUCCCUCGCGCCCAUCUCCACCGUCGCCACGGCUCAUCUCUCCUUAUCUAA